CACAUCAGCCUUUGAUUCGUCUCCGACGGAAUCUUGCAUCAUUCUGUCUUCGUUUCUUUUUUAUUUUCUUUUUUUAAUUUUUUUUGUUCAGGCACCCAAUCAAUACAUGCUACCUACUUUUUGUUCAAGAACGGGCUUCUGGAAGACGCCGCCCUCCACCACCUUCAAUCCCCACUUGACUUGACUUGACUUAACUUCCAUAUAGCACCUCUUGGGCGACACCAUGGAGGCUCGCAAGAAUAUCAAGCGAGCCCCCAUGCUGAGCUUUACCGCUACCCACAACGUUGGAGAGAACCCCGAGGAUGUUAUCACUCUUGGAUUGCGUCGGGGGUUUGAUCCCUCAACUGUUGCUGCUCGGAUAUUUCACUCCGUCAAACCACUUUCGAAUCCUUCCGGGUCAUCAUUAUCAUCGUCGUCGUCGUCAUCACCAUCACUGUCUUCUAAUGAUCACAUAGAUGCAGUUGCGGUGCACAAAACAAGAAAUAGGGUGGGAGAUGCUGACAAGAGCGCCCGGCAAGGCCCCGUUUCAUCUUCAGCUUCGGAAAAGUCUGCUGGUCUUAGUGAAUCUUCUCCAAAUUCGACAUCCCUUUCGGGGGACAUCCACGAGAACGACGAAAGAGACGGAGACCAACAGGAUGCUAUGGCCAAGAAGUUAUGGGAGAAGUUGGCUGCUCACCGCAGAACUAGAGCUAAGCUGAGAAAGAAGAAGGAGGUUCUUCGACAGAACCUUAAGACCUCAGAACUCCAAGUCACCCAGGCAGAUAACCUCUUCCUGAAUCAGGUCCGGAGGGUAGUCUUCCAAGAUUCAAUAGUACCGACUGCGCAUGAACAAUCUAAAAGCAAGGAUGAUCUUCUUACCCUCUUUAAUAGCAUCCAAGAGGAGCGCUCAAAACACGUUAUGCUCCAAAACGACCUUGAGGAACUAGAGGGAGACUUGAGUCGUGAAGAAGUUGACCUGGAGAAUGCAGAAGAGGACUUUUUGCAGCAAGUGUACAGGAGUCAGCUCCAGGCUGCAGGAGGAUUGAUGAGACCCACCACCGAGAAGAUUCUACCAAAGAAGGAGACACAGCAGAAUCUGCCCUCCAAUGCCUCACUCAGGGGCAUCAGGGCCGACAUCACUGAGGAUUACCAUCCCCUUUACACUAGGCUCCAGAAAGCCGUAGGCAGAAAAGAGUUGGAAGAAGAAGAGCUUGAGAAUCUCACAUUGGAGCGAAACCACAUCGUCCGCAUGGUCACACUAAAGCAUCUCAUCGCAUUGGCGCGGCAACGUCAAGAGCAAGUGGACGAUGACACGGUGUUCGAGAUCCGCCCCGAAGACACUGAGGUUUUUGAAAAGCAACUAAGGGACCCAAGCAAUAUCGACAUAUUGGCACGUAGGUAUAAUGUUGAUGAAGACGAUGUGGAAUUUCUCAAGAGCUUCGAUCGACAGGAAAAGGAAGGCAACCACAUUUUGGCGUGUCUCACGGCUGAGAUUUGGCACUUGAGAUCUUUGUGCAUCGCGCGAGGCGCGAUGCCAAGGUACCCCUUACCGUCUUUUGCCUAUAACAUGAACGCAGCUCUGGGUUUGCCCACCGAGCAGGUUGAAGAAGAAUUGGAGGACCCCAUUUUCAACGGCAGAGCUUUUGUCCCCAUCGUUCGACCAGGCUACAGACCCAAGCCUUCGCCCAAGUGGCCUAAUGACCCUCUCAGUCUCAGAAACCCAAGAUUUUUCCUUCUCCUGUCGGACCCGAAACACAUUUUGGAAGAGAAAACCGCUCAAAGGGCAUACCAAGAUGCAGUACAGAUGGCGAAGAAACAACUGCCGCCACAUGCCGCCCAAGACGACGCAGCUGUGCGAAAGAACCCCGAGGUACAGCGGUACGGGAAGGAGAUCAACAUUGAGAAUCUGAUGCGCAACGCGGACCCUUCCAAGAAGGUCGACUUUAUCAAUCGCUGGCUGAUGCACAAGCUGCGCACCAGCACUGUCGAAAUGCUCGUGCUCCUGAUGGUGUCCAUGACGACCCUCAGUUUGAGAAGGAUCACAAACUGGGGAGCCUGGCAAAGUGACAUUGCAAGAUUCUGGACCAGAGAUGGCGCCUUCAACAUUCCCGAGGACUUAUUUGAAGGGCCCCGCACGUCGACGCUCAGCUCACAGAAUGACGGCAGUAGUGCUUCCAGAGCAGCAGACGCCAACGGUGAUGUAUCAGGUGCGCCUGUUGGUGACACUGCCGCUUCGAGUCGACGAAGCUCUGUUCUGGAACCGCCAUCAUCUAUGCAGAGCGAUUUGGGCCAACCACCGAGGGAGCAAGUCGACAGCCAAACAGCUGCUCGUGUCCUGAGCCAUCAUUCUGUUUAGUGGGCAUGUUAUUGCAAUCUGACUACUUGUGGGCAUCCGGCUCUUGCAACUCAUCGACAUUGGCCGGUCUCAUUCUAUUCUCGACUGUCCCAAUUUCUCAGUUGAUGUAUCUGAUUUCAAUCCCGCUAAUUUUGUUUAUGUCUAUCAUUUUAAAUCUUAUUCACUACGCUUUUGGCUUAUUUCUUGUCUCUUUCUUUCCCCCUCACUUAAGUGUUCAACAUAUUUACAGCGUG